AUGCUCGAAACCCACCACCACAUCGCCUCGACCAAAGGCCUCUCGAGCCUCACCACCCUAAUCACCGACCCCACCACCGGCGCCGCCAUCCUCAUCGACCCCCCGUUCCUGCUCCCGGACGCCCACUCCGUCCUCGCCUGGAUCCCCACCACGUCCGCCGCAGGGGGCCCGCAACCCGACCUCAAGGCCAUCUUCGUCACCCACCACCACCCGGACCACUUCUUUUCCGCCAACCCCAUCCUCGACGCCUACCCGGCCGCCAAGUUCUACGCGGCACCCUACGUCCUCGCCGGCAUCGAGCGCGAGUACGCCGAGAAGGUGGCCUACUGGCCCUCCGUGCUGGGCGCGGAGAACGUGCCGGCCGCGCCGCGGAAGCCCGAACCUUUCCCCUUCAGCUUCUUCCUGUUGGAAGCGGCCCCCGAGAGUCCGGUGGUCCUGCUGGGACCGCUGCAGGGCGAUGCGGUCGAUCACACGGUGUUCUGGUUGCCCACGGAGCGGACGGUCGUCUGUGGGGAUACGGUGUAUGGAAGGAGUACGCAUGUCUGGGUCGAAGAACUUGAAACCCCCGCCCUCCUCGAAAGCUGGCGCAAGACCCUCGAUCUUCUCGCCCUGCUGCAACCCACCAAGCUCAUCCCGGGCCACCUGGAGGCGGGCUGGUCGCUGGACGGCGCCGCGGACCUGGCCCACACGCGCCGGUACCUGGACGUGUUCGCCGAGAAGGUGACGUUCGCGGCCACCCCGCCGGGCGUCCAGGAGCUGUACGACUUCUUCCGGGACGAGUUCCCGCAGUGUCGCGAGAACCUGGACUUCUUUCUGGGCCACCUGGCGAAUCAGUUCGGGGAGGGCGGGACGGUGUGGGCGGAGAAUCGGUGUCAGGAUUUGGGGGGCCGGACGGUGGAGGGGUUGUGUGGGUAUUGGUUUCGAUGA